AAACAGACUCACAACAGGCAAGGCACACACACACAGCUGAUCCUUUCCUGGGUUUAUCAAUUCACCGGUAAGAGAAAAAGAACAUCCUUUCUGUGCUGAUCGCCUGCGGCUGCGUCUGAUGAUGGACCUUCUAAAGUCAUUCUCUCAUCCCGAGGAAGUGAUGGCCUUGCUUCGAUUCAAGUUUGGAGGCUGUGAAGUUGUGAUGCCCAAAUGUGAUUUUAACUCCAUGUCACCAUCUCUGAAAACCUGUUACGAUUUGCUGAACAAAACAAGUCGCAGUUUUGCUGCUGUGAUUCAGGCCUUGGAUGGAGAACUCAGGAAUGCGGUGUGCAUUUUCUACCUGGUUCUCCGAGCUCUGGACACUGUGGAAGACGACAUGACGAUUCCGCUGGACCGCAAGGUGCCCAUGCUCGAUUCCUUCUACAAAAAUCUGGAGGACCCGCACUGGAAGUACAUGGAGAGCAACGACAAAGACAGGAUCGUGCUGGAGCAGUUCCCCUGUAUUUCCAAGGAGUUUCGAGAGUUGGCGGAGGUGUACAGGAAGCUCAUCUCGGAGAUCUGUCAGAAGAUGGGACACGGCAUGACAGUCUUUCUGGAGAGGAAGGUGGAUACCAUGGAGGAGUGGGAUGAGUAUUGCUACUACGUCGCGGGCCUUGUGGGCAUCGGUCUCGCGGGGCUGUUCUCUGCGUCGGGUCUGGAGGAUCCCAUUGUGGGCCAGGACAGCAAGCUGGCCAAUCAGGUGGGCCUGUUCCUGCAGAAGACGAACAUCAUCCGAGACUACCUGGAGGACUGGAACGACCAGCGAAUCUUCUGGCCCAAAGCUGCGUGGAGCAAGUACGCGGGUGACAUCGGAGAUUUUGCCCAGCCGGAGAAUCGAGAGCGAGCCCUGGAGUGUCUCAACGACCUCAUUACCAACGCCAUGGAGCUUGUGCCGGCGUCCAUGUUGUUCAUGAGCCGUCUGCAGAACCAGACCAUCUUCAACUUUGUGGCAAUUCCGCAGGUCAUGGCUAUAGCGACCUUGGAGCGAUGCUACAACAACCCAAAAGUGUUCACCGGCGUGGUCAAGAUCCGCAAGGGAGAGGCGGUCCGAAUGAUGAUGGGGGCCACGUCCUUUGACAAGGUCAAGGCCAUUAUGAGGCACUUUACGCUGGAGAUCAUGGAGAGAAUCCCAGAAAAGGACCCGAAUGCGUCCAAAAUGCAGGCGGUGUGCCAGAAAGCGCUGCAGGUGACGGAGACGAGCCAGGAAUAUUCCACCUCCAGCAUCUACCCGCCCCUGUACGUGAGCAUGGGGCUGAUGGUCUCGGCCAUAGCGUAUACGUACUGGUCGCAGGUGUCUCAGUGGUACAGCGACCUUUUGUGAGGUGUGUGUGUGUCUGUGUGUGUCUGGGCCAUAGCGUAUACGUACUGGUCGCAGGUAUCUCAGUGGUACAGCGACCUCUUGUGAGCUGUGUGUGUGUGUGUUGGCCAUAGCGUAUACGUACUGGUCGCAGGUAUCUCAGUGGUACAGCGACCUCUUGUGAGGUGUGUGUGUGUGUGUGUGUGUAUGUAUGUGUGUAUCUGUUGUGUGUGUGUGUCUUGCAGUGGUGCAGUGAUCUCUUGUGAGGUGUGUGUAUAAGCUUGUGUGUGUAUGAGCUUGUGUGCGUGUUUGUGUGUGUACAUAUGUGUAUCAGUGGUGUGUUUGUGUGUGUGUAAAGGGACAUUGUUGUAUAUGCUUCCCAACUUGACAAGUCUUUGUUUUGUUCUCAGCUGAGAAGCCUGCAACACUUCCCAUUUUAACUUUUGAUCCAGUGUUAUAUAUAUCAUGAUGCCUCCCAGUAUAAUGACACUGUGAUAUUGGGACAAAGAAAAAGAUUGUAUGAUUCCGAAUAUCGAUCAGAUAAAAUGUCGAUACUUUUUUGUCUCAAGCGUUUUCUCAGAGUCCGAAAUGUUGUGAAGAAUAAAUCACAGAAGUGUGUGGGCCAGGAGGGGAUUCACUUGGGGCCAGCCAGAUUUUCUUUUAUGGAUGGGGCAAAAGCUACCAUUUUGGCACAAUUGGCCAAAUUUGAUUGAUUUCGACUGUGACUUUCAAAAUCAAAUGCAUAAGUUUGGGGUUUUUUCAAGGUCGAGAGUCGGAACUCAGGUUCUAGAACAAUCUGUUAUCUAUUUGGUUGCUUAUUCAAGGUUAUGUAAUAAUCCGUUAGCCUUUUUUUCUUCUUUUUUUUUUUUGCUUAAUGGAGCGAAUGGUUCAAUCCUUUAACCCCCCUGUGUUUUUGUUUUUUGAGGCCAUAAUAUAACCCCAUAACCCAUCAUUUGUUUUUUUGAGGCUAUGAUAUAACCCCAUAACCCAGCAUUUGUUUUUUUGAGGCUAUAGAAUAGUCGAAUCUGUAAACCCUUCACAUGCUUAUUUGAGGGUAUAAUCAAUUUUCUGUUUUCUUUGUAUGUCAAUUUUAUUUCUGUUUCGGUUGUUACACCUCCUUCUUUCAUAUAUCAAACAUCUAUCAUUCUAAUCUUCGGCACUUCCAUAACCUAUUGAUGUCGCAAGUACCGUAAAAGUCUCACUCUAACUGUACAAUCUCCAGGUGUUGCAGCUGUAGGACAUGUCAGUGUUGAUGGGUGUGUAUACUGUUGUAUUAGGAGGGGAGGGUCUGCACACCCGCCAAAUACUCCGAUAAAAUUAGAGGCCUCUGAUUAUGUUUUUUUUUAUUUCCCCCCAUCGAAGAACCUUUAUCAGAUUUACAUCAAGUUCCUUUUUUUUUGUUGCUUUUACUUGAAUUCCAUUUUUUUUCUGGGCCCGUAUGCACCUUAUAAAUGACGUGAAGCUACAUAUUUUUAUUAGUGUUUAUUUGUGUGUAUCAGCAAUACGCUUUUAUUUGCCACAGUUUGUUUUUAAUGUAAUCUUAAAUAUACCGGGCUGCUUGUCCUGGAUCGAUAACUACAACCGGGCUGCUUGGUCUGGAGUCUCAGAUUUUUUUCCCCAAUUUCUGAUUUUUAAGGGAGGAUUUGGAAGAAAAUUCCAGUUGUUGGUCAUGGAGGGGUUGGUGGGUCUGAGUCUGUGUUUGCUGUGCUCUUGCACUAGAGGGGGGGGGGGGCUAUGCUCUCUCACUAGGGGGUGGGGGGGACGGGGGCUGUGCUCUUGUACUUGGGACUGCCACUUUUCCUGAAUCUCCCGCUCUAUUCUUUCCCAAGUACAUUGUCCUGAUGGGUGCUAUUUUGUUGCUUGCAAACUCAAACUCCUUCCAAAACUAAAACUAAGCACAGAUGUCUGUGGUGUAGCGGGUAGUCACUUCGCUGUCGUGCACAGGAGACCCGAGACCAAUUCCCGGGUGGGGAGAACUUUUUUAUCAAGUAUUUCGCGGUCUUUCGGGUGGGAUGUUGUAUCCCUAUCAGCUGGGGUUGGCCCUGACAGGCAGGGUUGGAAGCUGACCUCUUAAAUGAUGUAAGUUGUGUUGAUGGGGACGUGAAGCACCUUUGUGUUUGUAAAAACGAAGCUCUCCUCCAUUUGUUCACUCAUGCUUCUUGGAUGUGGGUAUUGUGAACACUCUGUGAGCUCCAGUGUGGUCUGUGUGGCUACUUCUCUCCCCUGUAUCUGUUUGCCUGCCCUUUUCCUGCGGGUAGUUUACCGUGUCGCUGGUAGGUCCUACUUCUUUUCUCUCCCUCUCAGUCCCUCUCCCCACCCUCGCUCAAAAUGACUGGUAUUGUGUCGAUGUGCUUCUGUUUCCUUGUCACUUAUUGCCGAUCAACGAUAUUUACCGCCCAGUUUCUUUGGAUUUUCCCCAAAAUGCCUUCGCCUUUGAUGGCAAGGGUUUUUACUAUAUGAGCCUUGUGAUGGCCAAGUGUUAAAAAAGUAAAAAGACUUUUUUCCCUGCCAAAAACUCUUUUAUGCACACUUCGUUGUAAAUCACAAUUCAAAAACCACAACUGUUCAAAAUUGAUUUCAGCCCGCCUGAAAGCACCAUGUGUCAGUCCUACUUUUUAUUCUUAUCUACCGUGUUUACCGCACUGUUCUGCUGUUUCCGUCUGUCUUACGUCUCUUUCCCCCGCACUAAAUGACCGUUUUGGUGUCGACGUGCCUCUCAUUCUAAUUAACUUGCCGUUAAACUCCAACAAGACAUUUAUUUGCACAAUCUUACUCUUUUGGCAACACAAAAAUCUUUGACGGUUCACGGUAGAACACAAGAAUGGACUUGUCACCCUGACCAGGCUUUACUGUCAACUUUCUACUCAGUUGUGUUGUUGUAGAGAGAUGUACGUCGUUAUUUCUUUGCCCACACAUUUCUAUUUCUAUUGUGAUCAUUUUCUCUUCUUUAAUUUUUAUUCUCUCUUUAAGUGUAUUCUUGUUCUGAUCAAGUUUACUUGACAAACACAUUUACAUGUAGCCUACACUGUUGUUAUUUUUAGAACUUAAGUUUUACCGGUAUUCAUAAACUUAUUAUUUGUCAGCAGUUUAUGUUGCUAGUCGUUUUAUUGGGGUUUUUUCUUCUGGAUUUGUAAUAAUAGUGCCAUAAUAUUUUCUCAUCUUUUUUCUGCUUUUCAAACUUAAUUUCUGUUUUUGUAAUGUGAGUGAGUGCACAAGCUGUUAUAUUGAUGGUUUUCCCAGUGAUUUGUCGAAGGAGGAUUUUGUCAUUUAAAAUCAUUUCCUGU